GUGAGUGCAACUCCUCUUUUUGCUGCACUUGUCAUUUGCCGCCUGCCUUCGUUUCUUAUUUGCAGCUCAGUGAGCAGCAAUGGCAGGCAACAUUGCUUUGCCGCUUCAAGAAUUCAUCGCCUCAUUGGAAAGCACUAGUUUGCCAAAAAUUUUGCAAGUUUGUUCUGGAGUGUAUUUCCAAGGUUCAAUAUAUGAAAUUUCUGGAAGUGAAGUGUGCUUUUCUACUGGGGAUCUCAUAAAGGUCAUUGGUAUUGAACUGCAAUCUGUUUCCUGUGAAGAUGUCACUAACAAUGAGAAAUUUGAGUUGCCAAUCACUCACACAGGAUUGUUCAAAGUGGUCCCUGAGCAGAUGCCGUACACAUCAGUCGAGGAGAUGUUGAGUCUGAGGCCUGUGGGCCUGGAUGAUUCCCUUCCUUUUACCUUCACCAGCCACUCCAAGAUGACCUUCGGCAGUCUGAAGCUGGGGGCCGGCAAAGCCCUGACCGUGCUCUCUAUCGAGAAGCAUGACGGUGAAGAGGAUCUGGUGCGUUGCCAUGUAAAACGCCAAACGGAGGCUUCAGCCGAGGUGUGCAUUCCUCUGUCUUCUCGAGGCGAAUUUUCUGAAUGCGAGAGUGAGGAAUGCUACACCCUGAAGGAGAUCAUGGCUUCGCCUUGCCUGCGCAGUCGAAGAUUUCGCUUCGUUAAGACCACCAAGUGUGAGCGGAUCCUUAUCCUGAGUCCAGUUUAUCAGGUCCAGGCCAUCAUGAACUUGAGGAAGAACGUACUAAGAUUUCCGUCCAGCCUGGAGGUGGAUGUGGUCGAUGUCACUGAUGUGUGUAAAGAUGCAAAUUUUGUGACACCUCUAAACCUGACAGAGGUCCUGUCUCAGCCAGACGAAUCAUUUCCUGUGGUGGCAGAGAUAUUAGAGGAACCGGAGAGCCGCUCUUUUUUCAAGUGCGCAUGGCUGCCAGGGCUGGUCAAGAGCACCAACCUGAUUUUGCACAAGAAAGGAACUACGCCCAUGGUCCUGAUGUCCAGCUUGAAGGGCCGGAAGACUCAGCAGUACUUCCUUGUAUCCUUGCAGUAUGGUGGACGGUUUCGGAGGAGGCCAAGAGAGUUCAACUCAGUGUACGAGGUGUAUGUUGCUUCAACGCAGACACACAACCUCACAGUGAGCGUGACAAGGAACUGUGAGGAAGUCGAGGAGGAGGGACUGCCAGGCCUCAGCAUUGGGGAGAGGCUACAGAUUGUGGACUGUACUAGAAUGGAGUUGCCUUGUGAAAACAAUAAAGGGGAGAAGCAGUCUGUCGAGGCUCUUUUGUGUUAUCGUCUCCAAGAGCCAGAUGAUGAGGAGGAAGAUGAAGAUGACGAGAAAGAAGAGAAGGAUAAACAGGAAGAGGCAAAAGAGGAGGUCUUACUGCCUCUCUACAUGCAGGGUCACUUUGUAGAGGUUCUUGGUGAAAACAAAAAGUAUAAACUCUGUGAUUUGGGUAAGGAGUUUAGUUUGCCACUGGAUGUCAAAGUGGUGAGUCGAGAUACUGAACUAGAGACUGAUCCAUUAGUUGGGUUUUCUUGUCUGAGGAUAGAGGGAGCAAUGCUGGAGCCAAGCAUUCAGGCAAGCUUUCCAGACAGACCUGACCAUUGUUUCCAUCUCCUCCCCCAGUGGCUCUCUUUGUCCGUCUCUUUCACCAAGGAUGCUCUUCCUUGGCCUCGGGACCAAUUCCCCAAGUGUUUCACAGAAAAGGUUAGUGCGAUGACAGACACGUUCUUUUAUGAAUUUCGCAAAAAGGGUAACUCAGAUGAGGCUCCUCCACCUCGACCGCCAAAACGAGAUAUGUCAUCAUCAAACUUAGUCAAAAAAAAAUCUAAAUCCACAAAGAAAUCUUCCAAGGCAAAGAAAAACAAAGACAAAAGCGUGCUGACGGAGAAGCUCAAUGACUUGACGUUGAAUCACAAAAAACGGCCCCCGGCUCCACUGCCUCCAGAUGGCGUAAAUGAUGAACCUCCUCCGCUUGUACCACGAAAGUACUCAGCUGCGGAUAUCACAAGCAAGGCCAAGCCAAACACUUACGUUAAAAUAAACCAAUCAAUAAAAAGGGAUGUGUGUGAUGUGGCUGCAGACGUGGAAAGUGACCAUGACUAUGAAACUGUGGAUGAAACUUUGGUGGCUGUGGUUAAGACAGCUCAAGAAAACGUGAUGUUCUAUUAAAAAGAAAGUCCUAUCUUGCAAACAUUACUCUGAGCUGGAUCUGAGGUAACCAGGGAGUGUCGAGUUUAAAAGUGAUUAAAUUAGAAGAGUAGCGGCCUCUGCAUUGUUCAUGACCUUUCAAACGAUGCGAUCACAUCCUUCAGUCUUUUAUUACUAGUACAUAGUAAAAAUUUAUUAUUACAAUGAUGGCCACUGUUGAGAAAGUACUUGUGUUAUAAAUGCUUUCCUCAUAUGGUCAGCAAGAGUCCUCCCUGAAUUACCUCUUUAUUACACCAAUGGAAAACUUUAUACCAGUACGAUCCUACAGUAUUUCACAGCAGACUCGUUUGGAGUGAGGCUCGAGCUUUUCCUCUAACCACCGAUGGCUGAAAAGAGUUACUCUGCUUAUCUCUUCAUCAUUUGCACUUGUUACAGGGUGAUGUAUAUUAGGCAGCAAGGUAAAUUUUGAAUGUCACAGUGAUGUGCUAUCAGCAGUGGUGAGUGUAAGACUCCAAGAAAGUUUAAGAGUGCUACAUUUUUGGUGCGUCUGAGUAACUCCAAAAAUGCAGCUUUUAUUGGUUAUCCCCAGUCUUCGGUAAUUAUUUAUCAAAAGUGGGUCAGUGAGGAACAGACACCACGUUUCAUUGCUUCAUGGGGGAGAUAAGGCACAGACCAGUGGUUUGAGUCAACAGACAAGCUACUAUAAUUUAAACUGCUGUAGACGUCACUGCUGGUUCUGACAGCAUACAUGCCACCAACAAGCAAGCUAUUAUGAGACCAACAGUAACAUUUACCUAAGCAUUGUUACAAAUAAUACUCUCCUGAUUGCUUUGGUGUCUUUAAGCGGAUAGCACACCCAGCCAUAUAGUGAGGAAUGCUCUUCAAACCAUGUGGGGAGCACAGCAAGUUUUAGAAAAUGUGGGAUUUGCGAGGAAAUCAAGUCAGUUAAUGGAUACCUUCAGAAGUCCAGGGGUAUCUGGUAUAUUAGGAAAGUGUCAAAGCAAAGCAAAUUUCAGUUCACUGUUUUUGAUGGGGCAAUAGUGAUGCAUGGGCAAUUUUCUCUGAGUUCUUAAUUUCUGCAAAAUCUUGUAGGGUUUUGAGGUGUCGUGCCAAAUUUAUGUGGUUGUUCUUUGAAAUCAUUGGCCAUUUCUGCUUUGCCACUCUGAUGGCUAAAGUGUGGUGUUGUCAAAAAUUAUUAGCUUCAUCAUUGUUAAAGGGAACGAGGUUGUUGCUUCAAAACACUUCUGUAUUCUCUUAUCAGCUGCCAGUCACUUCACUUACAUCCUAAAUAGUUCUUGGUGAUCUUAUGUAUAUUUGCGUUACAGCAGUUAUUAGUUAACAUUAUUCAGAGGCACUGUGUCUGAAUAGUGUUCAGACACAGAGUCUUGAGGCAACAAAAAGUACUCUGUGCUACUAAGGUCUGCAGCUGCAAAAACCUACAGCUGUGUAUAGUGGUUAUCUACAAUUCUCAAACUGAUGUACAGAUACCAGUGAUACUAGUGGUUUUACUUGCAGACAUUUCAGUGCUACUUAAUACAUAUAGGUAUUGAAUAUUUAUUAUUUUGAAAAACUAAUGGUAUCUCAUCGUUUUAUCAUAUUGCAACCCCAAAACAUGCGACUUCCCAAUAAAAAGAGUAACUAAUGUUAGAGUUCAAGAAAAAGGAAACAGUUGGGUUUCUUUUGCAAAUAAUAAUCUGAAAAGUGUAACAUGCGUUUGUAUUUAGUCACAGAAUUAAUAUUUUAAAGGUUCACGUUCCCCUACAUUUACACCUGCAAAUCUUUUGCAGUAUUCUCUACCUGCUUGGCAUAUCUAGAGAGUGACAUUUAUGCCUACUCCUCUCAGUCAGAUUGGAUGGGACUGUUUUUGAGUUUUGCAACAGAUCCUCAAUUGGCUCUACUGUAGGUCUUGAUCAGGAUUUAGUUUGGGUCUGUCAUUGUAAAGGGAGCAAAAUGCAGGACAGAUUUUACACUUCUGCAAGGCCUGGAAAUAAAUAUGAACAGAAUUAGCCACUGUGAGCUGAACUGUGGUGAAAAUAUAAUAGACACAAGCAGCAAAAAAGUGAACCACUUAAGCACGUCAUUCUUUGCUUCAGUCAAAACUACUUCAAAAGCAGUUAUUGUGCAAGACAUUUUAAGAAACACCAUGAGAAGCUGAGGUGAAUGAAGUUCUGGUGUCUGCGUUGUGCUGUGUUCAGUGACCAGGCCAACUGCUAUGAAAAAUACAAGGCAAUAAAAAUUGUUCUUUUAAUGUCUUGAAUUAAAUUGUAGCAGGAUAUUCUCUAAUAAAAUUUGCACAGUGUUAGAAGAGAGUAAAUUGUUGAGAAGAAGACAACCAGAAGUGCAGAUAUUAUGUAUGUUCUAAGCACAUAGCAGCCAUAUUGGACUUUGAAGUCUAGGUUGUUGUGAAAUCACCAACUGUACAAACCGUGAUUCAGACUUCAGAAGACCAUUUACUUUUACAACCUGAAUCUUGGAAAUACUGGCGUUUCAGUAUAUAGAAAAUUCACAGUUAAACCACAUCCUGCAACCAUGCAGCCCCCCCCGAGUAAUGUUUCAUGGAACAGACGAUGUCUAAGCAAAUUGACAUUGGGUUUGAAAAGUUGCUUCAGACGUUAUUGAUGUCAAAACGUCAAUAAGAAGCUGACCGAGACCGAGCUUCAAUGUCUUUGUUUUGACUGUAUUUGGAUAUGAAGCAUAUUACAACAUGACUUUCAACAUGAUUUUCUGCGCUGAACAGGCAUAGGCAUUUUCAUAGAAUUCAUACUAAAAUUAUAAUUGCUUUUCUAUAAUAGUUUUAAAAUGUCUCAUAGGUUAGUGCUACUUGGAAUACUCAGUUUUUAUUAGUUUUUCCCAAAAGAAAAAAAAAAAAAAAAGAGCAGAACUUCCUCUAUUUGGGUAUGGUGCCUAUUUACAAGAAACAAAAAACUUGUAGCUUUCCUUUUUCUACUAGUCCAAGAGUCUCCUGUGAAAUAUGUAAUAGUAGUAGUCAUGAUUACUACACUGGAACUCACAAACUAAUACUAUCCAUGUGCUUCAAAAAAACUUUUAGAGGAUUUUUAAUGUAUAUAGUGAAGUGUGGUGUAUAUGUCGGGAUGACUUUUGUAUUUACGUGUACAGAUCCUGUAUUUAUAGUGCAAUACUAAGCAAUUAUCUAUUGUAUACAAGGCGUUUUUUGCAUAGCACCUUCAAAAUGUAAAAAGCAAUUAUAUAAUGAAGGUAAUAGCUUAAAUUGCAAACUGCUAUGACUCAUUGAAGUAGGGAGGGGUUGUACUUGCCUGAAAAGGCGUUUUUUUGUGUAUGUCAUUGUGCUACUGUGGCUAUGCAAACUAAACAGAAAGUAGUUGAUGGGAGCCAAACUAAACCACUUCAGAAAGUUCCAACUCUUCCCCCAACCACAAGCAUCUAUAAAGACAACAUGUUAAAACUCUGCAUUUGGUUUUGAUUACCGUAAAUAUUUUAAGCUACAAAGAAAAAUGUCAGUGAGUGCACUGGGGUCCAUAUGGCUUUUGGAAACUGUUAAAAUGUGUUUUACCACAACUUCUGUGUGAUCCUGAGAUACAAAUUCAUGCUGUGGUUCAGGCUGAAGUAGAGAAUCUACUUUAAAGCUAUCAUUUAAAAUGUAAUACAUUUGCACAAAACAAAAACUGUCAUGAAACGCAUCAAGUAGAACAAUCAAUGCAAUAAAAUGGUGAAAAGUG